AUGGAACAAAUAAAAAAUUUCGGCCCUAGUGACGCUCAAAAUGGAACACUAGCACAAAUGUUUCGUAAUGCCGGUAUUAAUGAUGUUCAGUCUUAUGUUGGUGAUGUUCGUCAAGAAAAUAUUGACUUCAAUGAUCCAUCAAUAGUCAUGACUAAUAACGAUAAUUAUAAUCCUGUAGAUAAUUUUCAAAUGCGUUCAGUUCAAUCAAAUCGAAUUGGUAAUUUUUUAAAUAAUCCUCAACAAGGAAUUGAUAAACGUAGUAAUGGAAAAAUUGGUGUUAACAAUGUUAAACAAAUAUAUCAAAUGUAUAAAUCAUUGGAUAAAAAUGGUGAUGGUAAAAUAACAGUUGAAGAUGUCGAAAUUCUUCUUAAAGAAAUGGGUCUUGGUUUUGUUAGUAAACAUUUAGCACGUGCUGUAUUCGAUAUUGUUGAUACAAAUCAUAAUGGUCAAUUAGAUUUUCGUGAUUUAUUAGCAUUAACCAGUCUUCUUAAACGUUUAUCAUCUUCGUCAGCUUCUUCAGAUAGGUUUUAA